GAUUUAUUACAUACAUCUUCUCUCUAUCCUGUGUAAUAUAAGCAAGUUUUAUUAGUUUAUAUCUAUUCACGCAAUACAGCUGCCUCCAACAUAUAUAGUCAACUGAUGAAAUUAUAAGCAUCAUCAUUAUAGUCUUGUCUCCUUUCUUUUCUCUCUUUUUCAUAGAUCAAGAACAAAAAGAUAUAGAUGAUAGAGACAAUCGCAGUAAGAAAAGUGUUCUUGAUCGGGUUUUCGAUCUUGAUACUGAAUUGGGUAUGGAGAGCUGUGAAUUGGGUUUGGUUAAGGCCAAAGAGACUGGAGAAAUAUCUGAAGAAACAAGGAUUUUCUGGAAAUUCUUAUAGAAUUUUGAUGGGAGAUAUGAAAGAGAGUAAUCAGAUGGAUCAAGUUGCUCACUCUCUUCCUCUCCCUCUCACCGCCGAUUUUCUCCCUCGCAUGAUGCCUUUUCUCCAUCACACUGUUCUAAAUCAUGGGAAGAAGUGUUUCACAUGGUACGGACCGUACCCGAACGUGAUAGUAAUGGAUCCAGAGACACUACGGGAGAUAAUGUCCAGACACGAACUCUUCCCAAAGCCAAAAAUUGGGUCACACAAUCAUGUUUUCCUCAGUGGUCUUCUCAAUCAUGAAGGUCCUAACUGGUCCAAACAUCGAAGCAUUCUUAAUCCUGCUUUUCGUAUCGACAAUUUGAAGAGCAUACUUCCAGCAUUCAGCUCAAGUUGCAAAGAGAUGUUAGAAGAAUGGGAGAAAUUAGCAUCAGCAAAAGGAACCGUGGAACUUGAUUCAUGGACUUACUGUCAUGACUUAACAAGAAACAUGCUUGCUCGUGCUUCUUUUGGUGAUUCCUACAAUGAUGGCAUCAAAAUCUUCGAAGUCCAGCAAGAACAAAUUGAUCUUGGUCUCCAAGCUAUUCGUUCCGUCUACAUCCCUGGAUCAAAAUUUUUGCCAACAAAGUUUAACAAGAGGUUGAGAGAAACCGAAAGAGACAUGAGGGCUAUGUUUAAAGAUAUGAUUGAGACAAAAGAGAAGGAGAUAAAAAAAGGAAGAAGUGCCGACAAGGAGAGCGACUGUUAUGCUCCAUGUUGGCUUCAAACACAAAGCAAAUCAAAGAACAUGGACCAGAUUCAGGGCUGAGUCUUGAAGAUCUGAUAGACGACUGUAAGGCUUUCUAUCUAGCUGGUCAAAAUGUGACUUCUUCAUUGUUUGUUUGGACUCUUGUUGCUCUAAGCCAACAUCAAGAAUGGCAAAACAAAGCAAGAGACGAGAUCUCUCAG